AUGAAGGAACUGGCUCGACGUGGUCACGAGGUGACCGUUAUCAAUCCGUUCCCGCAGAAGAAACCGCUGAAAAAUUAUCGCGACAUUGAUGUUACCGUCAGUGACGAUGUUCUUAAGAAAGUAAUGCCCAACAUGUUCGAAAUGAUGGAACGAUCGGUUUGGGAGAGCAUCACAAAAAAGUACGAGGUUGGACAUAUGCUCACGAAUCAGACGCUACGGCACCCGAACGUUGUGAAGUUGAUCAAUUCGAACGAAAAGUUUGACCUCGUCGUGAUGGAGAGUUUUCUCAACGAUGCCCAUCUCGGUUUCGCGCAUCUCUUCAGAGCGCCGUGCAUUGCGGUGUCGGCUUUUGGGGCAUCCCGCUGGACAAACGAAAUGGUCGGAACGCCUUCGCCCACUUCCUAUGUACCGCAUCCGUUUCUACGCUUCACGGACCGGAUGACAUUCGUCGAGCGCAUAGGCAACAUGCUGAUGACGGUCACGGAUAUGGUUGUUGGUCAACUGCUCGACGCUCCGGUACAGAGUGCAUUGUACGAAGAGUCUUUCCCCGGACCAAAACCUCCGCUCGAGCACCUGCGGAAGCAUUCCGUGUCGCUGGUGUUGGUUAACAAUCACUUCAGUCUCAGCUAUCCGCGCCCGUACGUGCCAAACAUGAUCGAGGUGGGUGGUAUGCACGUGAAACGCAAACCGAACCCACUGCCGGAAGACAUCAAAGCCAUUCUGGACAACGCAACCGAGGGUGUGAUCUAUUUCUCGCUCGGAUCGAACCUCCAGAGCCGCCAGCUGCCGGCGGCGAAGCGCGAUGCGAUCCUCCGGGUGUUUGCCGGACUUAAGCAGACGGUGCUUUGGAAGUGGGAAGACGAAACGUUACCGAACAAACCCGACAACGUGAUCGUGCAGGCGUGGUGGCCACAGGACGACAUCCUGGCACAUCCCAAUGUGAGGCUUUUCAUCACGCACGGAGGACUGCUCAGCACGACGGAGUCGAUGUUCCACGGGGUGCCGGUGAUCGGUAUUCCGGUGUUUGGCGAUCAGUUCCUGAACAUGGGCAAAGCGGAACGCACUGGGUAUGGAUUGCUGCUGCCAAUGCAACUUAUCGGAAAAGUGACUCCUGUGGUCCUUCUGCUAGUCAGUUGUGCCAUGCUAGUUCCACGAUCGGCAGAAGGUGCCCGGAUUCUCGGUAUCCUUCCGUCGGUUGGACGAUCACAUUACAUCGUUGGAGCGGGAUUGAUGCGAGCACUGCUGGACGCCGGUCAUGAAGUCACAAUCGUUAGCCCGUAUGCUAUGAAGGGAACCCCGGCUGAUCGGCACCGUGACGUGCUGCUGCCGGAACUAGCCGGUGGCCACGGCAUCGAGGGUCCGGAUUUCUUUCACUUCAAAAGUGCCCCAAAUUUGAUGGUCCUCUACAUAGUGUACACAAAAAUUGGUCCGUCAGCAUCGGAGCAGAUCCUGACUAAUCCGAAGAUGGCGGAACUGAUGGAGUCCGGUGAGAAGUUUGACGCAGUGAUCGUGGAAUCCUUCGCGUCCGAGGUCUUGUACGGGUUGGCGGAACACUUUGGCGGAGAGCUGAUGGUGUUCUCCCCGUUCGGAGCUUCCAUGUGGACGAACGAACUUGUCGGAACGCCGUAUCCGUAUUCGUACAUUCCGCACACAUUCCUCAGCUAUACGAACGAGAUGACAUUCUGGCAGCGGUUUGCAAACGCCCUCUUCGGGCACGCGGACAAGUUUUACUACCGCAAUGUGUACCUGCCUGGGCAGGAAGUAAUGUACCGGAGGCACUUCCCGAACGCGAAGAAAACAUUCGCCGAAACGCUGCAAAGUGUACGUUUGGCGUUUGUGAACCAGCACUUUUCGCUCAGCUACCCGCAUCCGUAUGCGCCGAACCAGAUCGAAAUCGGCGGCAUUCAGAUCGAGGAACCAAAGGCUUUACCCCGGGAACUGGAGGACUAUAUCCAAUCGGCACCGCACGGUGUCAUCUACUUUUCGAUGGGUUCGAUGCUGAAGGGGCGCAACUUUCCCCAGGCGAAACGGGACGCCUUUGUAGACGUUUUCCGUCAGUUGCAGGAGAACGUGAUCUGGAAGUACGAAAAUGAAAGUUUGCCGAACCAACCGUCGAACGUGCUAAUCCGCUCGUGGAUGCCACAGAACGACAUUCUGGCGCACCCGAAGGUGAAGCUGUUUAUUACGCACGGAGGACUCCUCGGGUCGACGGAAGCCCUGCACCACGGAAAACCGAUGGUCGGCGUACCGAUCUACGGUGAUCAGGAGCUCAAUCUGGCUCGUGCCGAACGGGCCGGGUAUGGAGUGAAGCUGGACUACGAAACGCUCAGUGUGGACACGAUCCUGGCCGCCGUCCGGAAAGUGCUGUCCGAACCGUCGUACUCUGUUGCGGCGAAAACCAUUUCCCAACGGUACCGCGAUCAACCGCUUGGGCCGGCAAAAGCGGCCGUAUUCUGGACGGAGUACGUAAUACGCCAUCGUGGUGCCCCUCAGUUGCAGUCGCCC